CCCUUAAUUCACCAAUCGUUGUCCAGUGAAAUUGUUCAUAAAUACAGUUCCCUGUGUCCAAUUCAAUGAAUUGUUGUCUUCCUGAAUUUGGAUUGAAUAUAUGGUAAGCAAUUAUAAUCUUGUGACCAAAUGUUGCUAGUUGCUUGUUAGGAACUUAGGAUCAGAAACGUGACUUGUGGUGGCUGUUUGGAGAUGUCGUCAGGGGCGAGGAUGCCGACAUGGAAGGAGAGGGAGAACAACAAGAGGCGAGAACGAAGGAGAAGAGCUAUUUCGGGCAAGAUAUUCGCUGGCCUGAGAAUGUAUGGGAAUUACAACCUUCCUAAGCAUUGUGAUUGCAACGAGGUCCUCAAAGCGCUCGCGGAUGAGGCUGGCUGGACCGUGGAGUCCGAUGGCACUACCUAUCGUAAGGGCUGCAAACCGCCUGAGAAGACAAACACUGGUGGUUCGGUGUCAGCGAGCCCAGGCUCGUCUUACCAACCAAGCCCCUAUGGUUCAUGUAACCACAGCCCGCUCUCCUCUUCAAUGGCGAGCCCGACCUCAUCGCCGUUUAGAGUCAACUCACAUCCUGAUUCUCUCAUCCCAUGGCUGAAGAAUCUCUCAUCCUCAACCACUGCUUCCAAAUCUCCCCAUUUACACAUGCAUAAUGGCUCCAUGAGUGCACCAGUGACCUCUCCAACUGCUCAAUCUCCACCUCGAGUCAAAACCGAUUCUGUUUGGGGUACACCCCACUUCUCCUAUCUCCCGUUGUCGACUCCACCAAGCCCUGCUCACGAAACACUUCCUAAUCACGAAUGGUACUCUGGGAUGUGGAUCCCACAGAGUGGACCCACCUCCCCUACAUUCAGUCUUGUUGCAGCGAACCCAUUUGGGUUCAACGAAGCUGGUUCGCUUCGUAGUGGCUCACGAAUGUGGACCCCUGGUCAAAGCGGAAGUUGUUCUCCUGCAAAUCCUCCAAGGUUUGAUAGCAAUUCAGACAUUCCAAUGGGUGAAGUUGUUCAAGAUGAAUUUGCAUUCGGAAGCAACGCGGUUGGAAGGGUGAAACCAUGGAAAGGAGAGAUUAUUCAUGAGGAGUCUGUGUCAGAUGAUCUUGAGCUUACUCUUGGGAAUUCAAAAACCCAAAUGUGUGGCUUGAAAUGACUCCAAGAAGAGAUGUUCGUCUAGCACUAGCAUUGCGCCGGAUAAACAGUCUCCACCCUCGUUGUAGGGGGUUUUCAUUGGUUCAUUUUUCAGUGUAUUCGGUUUGUCCAUAAUUAAGCUUGAUUACACCGCACAUGUUAAGAGGCAGAAUUUUGUGUUUAGCAGGGUAGCGUUUGCUAUUCAAACGGGGGGAUGCGGUGCAGCUUGUUGCCCGUCUACCUGUCAUUAGUCUGUAAUCAUCUUUGUUUUAAUGAAAAUCUAUAAAUUGGAA